UGGAAGAAUAGUCCUUUCUCCUCCAGCAAAAGAGCUGCAUUAAAUCUCCUGUUUUAAGCUGCGCGUAUACUGCUCUUCUGAAGCCCCCGAAGCAGAGAGCCUAGUUCCUUGGGCGUCAUAUGAUAAGGCUGGAGGAGAGCCAGCAGGGGCCCCGUUUGGAGAGGAGGACCCAUAUCUCAGUCAGCGCGCGCAGCCUGGGCCCCCUUUAUCUCCGCAAGGCAGAGAGGCGUAUCCUUUCCCCCUCUGCACUCCCCUCCACAUAGCUCUCUGACUCUCUCUCACCCAUACACAGCUACAACCUGCUUCAGACGACGCCCCACAGCUCAUGAGGUUUACACCAAGGGAGCAGAGCAAAGUCUGUCGUAGUGUCUUCUUAACUGUCCGGCUGUGUGCGCAAGCUGCCCGCGGCCUCACCUCAGCAAUAACAUAAGGGGUGCCGGCUUGAAGAAGAGGAGGAGGAGGAGGAGGAGGAGAGGAAGGGGUGUCAGAGUGUUCCGAAUUGACGCUCAGAAAUAAACAAGAAGACACCCUGUUUGGAAGACGUUUGCGGCGGGAAGCGACGGUGAUCUGAUACUGAGAUGGCUGAGGUGUCACAAGAGGAGAGACUCCAGGCCAUCGCUGAGAAAAGGAAGAAGCAGACAGAGAUUGAAAACAAGAGGAGGCAGCUGGAUGAUGACCGACGGCAACUGCAGCAUCUCAAGUCGAAGGCUCUGAGGGAACGCUGGUUGUUAGAUGGAGCUCCAGCGGAAGAGGAGACUCAGAAGCGUCUGCAGGAGGAUGAAGUGAAGACCAAACUUCUGGAGCAAGUCAUCUUCAGGCUGGAGCAAGAGAUUGAAGAAUUGGAGACAGGCAUGCCAGCCAAUAAGGGUGUAGCCAAAGAAAAUGGAGGUGAAAACGGAGUACUGCAGACCUCUGGUCAGACCCCCAAGAGGGAGGUGACAGGGAUCGAGGCCAAACUGCUGGGUCCCAGUCCUGACAAAGCUAGUGCAGACAACCCCGUCACCCUGGUGUUCAUGGGCUAUAAGACCGUAGAAGAGGAGCAGGAGACCCGCACGGCCCUGGGAAUGGAAGGGGUGGAUGGCAACGUUAAGGCUGAGUUUGUUGUUAUAGAGGAUGGGGAGGGGAAAGCAGGAGGAGAGGCUGCCACAGACGAGCAGGCUCCACCCAAUGGGAGCAUGGUGGAUAAAGAAAAGGCAAACGGAGGCGGGGAGGGGGGAGACAAGGAGAAGAAACAGAUCUGCAAAUGCUGCACGAUCAUGUGAGCUGUGUGUGUACACACCUGCACCUGUGCAGGCAUGCGUGCCAUUGCAUGUGUCUGUAUUUGCAGAUGUGUUUAACUUUGUGUCUGUGUGGCUGCAUUUGGAAGCGAGUGUGUGUGUGUGUGUGUGUGUGUGUGUGUGUGUGCCAGGUCUAGAAAAAAAAAAAAAAAAGCUAAAAUACAGUUAUACAGCCAAUAUACCAAUAAUGAGAGCCAAAACAAGCUCCAGCAACAACAGCAAGAACCACAAAGACUCGUAAGUACACUUUGCUCUGUAUACUUUCUCUGAUAUGUAUUUGACUUUUGUUUCUAUUGAUAUUUUUCUAUUUUUCUGUCUUGACAUUUAUAUUGUAUUCAGUAUGUAUAUCUUUAUUAUGGGACUGUGUACUGUAAGUUCAUUGUUAUCAUUGUUGGAAAAAAAAAACAUGCUCUCUGAAUUGUACUGCUAUCCGCUGGGGGAAAUCUGGAAACUUUAAAUCAUUUAAGUCAAAACAGCAAACUAUGAAGGACACAGAUACGUAAAUAUAUAUAUUUCUCUGUGUAGGCUUACCAACUAUUUAUCUGUCAAUUUCAUAUUGCAAUAUUGUCUAAGAUAUUAUUUUAAAUAGUAUUUUAAUAUAUUGAUAUGAAAUUAUGUUUUAUACAAUGUAUUUAUUGUUUUCGCUUCUCUGUCUCAUCUCUAACCAUUAACUGCAUGUAAGCUUGUAAGUACUAUCAGAUUACAAUCAUUAGUGUCUGUGUUUUCGUAGACUCACGUGCUCAUGUCUUCAGUCACGCAUCUUUCUAUCAGUAACAAACGCAGUUGAAGUGUUAGAGAUUAAGUUUUAAAGAAAUCUACAGCACAGAGACAAAAAGGCAAAUGAGAAUACUGACCACGUUGCAAACAUUAGCUUCUCAUAUUUACUCUAUGUGACACAUGUACAUGAAGAUCACAGCUUUUGUAUUUUUAAAUAAGAUGGAUACAUUCACUUUAUGACCGGUAGAGUCAUGAAAAACCUCUGCACAGUGAUUAAUAAUGCUUAAAUAUUUUCUUCUCUCAACAGUAGAAUCUGUAAAUCUCAUGAGGUAGCACUGCAUGAAGCCUUGCAACUUUUUUCUUUUCACUUGUCUUUAUUAUAGAGUAUGUUAUCAUAUUCACAUGAAUGUAAAUCCAGGGGUUAAAUUGGGAUUCGUUCUACCAUAAUCAGAAGAGGUGGGCUUGCUCAACUCACCAUAUAAAAAAAAAAAAAAACAAAAAAAAAACGCUUUCUGUCUCUAUGAACCAAAUAAAAUGUGAUGAGUCACUGUGUGUUGGUCAGCUGCUGGUUUCUGUGCCGCUUGCUCCCAGUUUAACCCCUGACAAUUUGUAUGUAGACCUGGGCCCAAUAGUACUUUAAUAGAUUUACAGAAAAAUAAAAAGAUUUGAGGCAAUUGAAUACAACCUUUAAAUGUUUGGGCCCAAUAAUAUAGUAUAAGGAAUUGAACAGUGCACACAGGUACCCAAGCACUUGUAAUUUUUGUAUUAGAAAUAGCCUAUUAUCUGUAAGCAAGACAAUUCGUUUUAAACUGUGCAGGUUGCUAGCAAGAUAAAUGGUGCAUAUACACAUUGCAGUUCCAAGCUCUGAAAGCCUAUUGAAAUACAUUUUGGCCCUAGUCACCUCAUUUGUUUGGCAGACAACAGAGGCUAUGGAUGGUCUGAGUCAGUGCUUCUGCUCCCCUUAGGCUGAUCCAUGUCUCAGAUUCACCUGCACAUUAUCACCAUUAUCAUUAUCUCACUUCUCAGUGUCAGAAACACACAGCCCCGCCUUCUGUGCUCGGAGACAUGCAGUUCAAAAACCUCUGAAGUUGGUGCUAAUCCUGAGUCUCGUCUAACGCUCGCUAUUCACCAACUAUUGUUCAGCUUGUUCCCUCUGUCUUAUUCAACUCGCUAGUGAGGGGGAUUGUGUUAAUCUACUGCCUCCUGCAAACACUUGAUGAAUAGGUGUUUUUUGCAACUUCCAGUGCCAGAUGCAUUCUCUCAAGUCCUGCCUACGUUUACCAACAGAGAAAUGAUCCCUUUUAACAUUCCUAAGGGAGGUCAACAGAUGUGGGCAGAUGAAAUAUACUCUGUUUUCCAUAUGUACAGUUUCACUGUAAUUGUACAACUUGCAACUUUCUGAUAUUAACCCACUUUUUGUUUCCUAUGACCUCUUUGCAAGGCAGUAUAUUGUAUUUGAUGUGUGUAUUUUUUUUUUAAAAAUAGAUGACUACAUCUGUGUAUUGUUGGUGCCUUUGUCAGGAUCAGUUAAUUCGACUUGUGUGUCUGCCACCAUUUUCAGACCAGUGUUGUCCUUGCUCUGCUUCUGGUCAUGAUGACCCACUGGAAAUACUGCCUUCUACUCUGGAGGGCCACUACAAAAAGAGGACACUGCCUUCAUUUUUCAUACAAUAGCUAUAAAUAAAUGCAGCUCAGAUGAUAGGUGAUAUGCAGACUACUGUUGGUAUCUUGAAAAAAAAACUUUGUAUCCUCUACCCUAUUUUAACAUUUUAAAAUUGUUUGAUUGGUUUUAACUAACGUGUUUUUUUUUGUUUUUUUUUACUCUAAACACUUAUCAAAAUCCAACCACACAAUGUUUAUAACACAUUUUAGGAGAUACAAACUUUAACAAGAAACCAACUGACAGUCUAUACAUAUAUAGGCUGUAUACAC